AAAUUAGAAAAGAAGAGUAGAAAACGCCGUCGUCUAAUACGCGAGUGAGGCAGUUUUCCAGCUACACAAUACUGCUUUGCCCUGUGCUGUGCCACUUUAAUGCUUAGACUCAAAAAGAGUAAAGAGUAUUGCAGUGUUGAUUGAGGAACAAAGCAUCGCUCGCUCGCACUUUACACUCAGUACAGUAGUGAGAAUCCACGCAACACUUGGGGUUUUUUUUCUUCAUUCUUACUUGCUAUUGCUAUUGAACUGAAACUUGGAUGUAGUAUACAACAAUUUCCAAUGAGUACCGUCGGAUACAAGUCGGAUGACGAAUGCUCUGUCAUAGGAGGAAAGGCAGAAAUUGGGUUUCUAGAUUUUGAGGAAGAGAAAUCUGUUUGUAGUUACGUUGACAAUGAAGGGGAUGCAGUUAUCGUAUCUGUCCCAUUUGCAUUUGUGAAAGGCAAGCCUCAAUCCGUAAUUGUUGGAGAUACUGCUGUGGAUUUAAUAACAAUUAACAAUACUACCGAUGAACCUGUGGACCUCUGGAGUGUUCAUAUUUUUGCCUCAAAUCCUCAAGACUCUUUCACUCUUUCUCUCACGGAACCUCCUUCAGCAAAUUCAAAUGCAGAUGGCAAUGAGAGCUUUUUAGAAUCUUUCUCUUUGGAGGACAGGAUGCUUCAGCCCCACGAAAUCUUAAGAGUAUGGUUGUCUUGCAAGACAAAAGAAAUGGGCAUGUACUCAUCGGUUGUGUAUUUUGAUGUUGGGGAUGAAAGAAUAGAAAGGGUGGUUUUCCUCCUAGUUGAAGAUAAGAUCUCCAAGUCUUUGGCUUCUAACAGGCCUUAUUCAAAAGCAAGGAGAAAAGACAAAUUUGUUGUAGAUGCUUUUGUUGCAGGCUCACGUCCUGCAGGGAAGGCAAAUCGAAAAUACGUAAAUAGACUUCCAAGAUAUGAAAUUCCCGGGAAUAUUAAACAAUUGCUUGAGAACAAUCAGGUCCCUGAAGUUGUUGAAGAAGGUCUUACAAGAAAGAAUUAUGCUCAUUAUUUCAAAGCAUUAAUAAUGAUGGAAGAGAUACAAUUGGAGGAAGACAUGAGGACUUAUGACAUGGAAUGCAUAACUAUGAGGAAGAGAGGCAAUCAAUUCUUGUCCAUGGAGGUUCCUGGGCUUGCUGAGAGAAGGCCAUCACUGGUUCAUGGGGAUUUUAUCUUUGCCAAGCUGGCAUCUGAACAUGAUAAAAACACCGCAUCCGUUUAUCAGGGAUUUGUCCACCGUGUUGAAGCUGACGAAGUCUAUUUGAAGUUUGAUCCUGCAUUUCACAUGUUCCAUAGAGAUGGAAAUCUCUAUGAUGUCCACUUCACAUAUAAUAGGAUCAAUAUGAGAAGGUUAUAUCAAGCAGUUGAGGCAGCAAAAAACUUAGGAACUGAGUUCCUUUUUCCAUCUACAUCAACCAGAAGGAGGAGCAUCAAAACCACGGAACUGGUUCCCAUAUCUGGUACUUUUAAUGAGGAGCAAAUGUGUGCAAUCAAGAUGAUUCUUGGUUGCAAAGGUGCACCGCCUUAUGUGAUUCAUGGACCGCCAGGAACAGGAAAGACAAGGACAAUAGUAGAAGCAAUCCUCCAGCUCUACAUACAUCAUAAGAAUGCUCGUAUUCUUAUCUGUGCACCCUCAAAUAGUGCAGCAGACUAUGUACUGGAGAAACUCCUCGCUCAACAGGAUGUUGAAUUUCGAGAAAAUGAAAUAUUCAGGCUCAAUGCAUCUACCAGGUCAUAUGAGGAAGUCAAACCUGAACUUAUCCCCUUCUGCUUCUUUGAUGAGUUGAUAUUUAAGUGUCCCCCAGUCAGUGCCCUCGUUCAUUAUAGGAUCAUAGUAUCCACAUAUAUGAGUGCCUCUCUUCUUCAUGCUGAAGAUGUUGCCCGAGGUCACUUCUCUCACAUUUUCUUGGACGAGUCUGGCCAAGCUUCUGAACCUGAAACCAUGAUAGCUGUAUCCCAUCUCUGCAGAAGGGAGACUGUUCUUGUUCUGGCUGGAGAUCCAUUGCAGCUGGGUCCAGUAAUACAUUCCAAGAAAGCAGAUGAAUAUGGGUCGGGGAAAUCAUACAUGGAAAGAUUGUUUGAAUGUGAGUUAUAUGCCAGUGGAGAUGCAAAUUAUGUAACAAAAUUGAUUAGAAACUAUCGAUGUCACCCACAGAUCUUAUGUCUCCCUUCAGAUUUGUUCUAUGAUGGGCAAUUGAUUGCAUGUAGAGACUCCUCAACAUUCAUGAUGAUUGCAGAGUUCCUCCCCAAUAAGGAGUUCCCUGUUCUUUUCUUUGGCAUUCAAGGAUGUGAUGAAAGAGAAGGGAAUAACCCAUCAUGGUUCAACCGAAUCGAAGCAAGUAAGGUUGUAGAAGUUGUCAAGAGGCUUCUAGCUGGUGGGAAUAUAAGGGAGGAAGACAUUGGCAUAAUAACACCAUAUAGGCAACAAGUGCUGAAAAUAAAACAGACAUUAGAAAAUUUAGAUAUGCCUGACAUCAAAGUUGGUAGUGUUGAGCAAUUUCAAGGACAAGAGAAGGAGGUUAUUAUCAUAUCGACUGUUCGAUCGACCAUCAAGCACAAUGAGUUUGACAGAGUCCACUGUCUUGGCUUUUUGAGCAAUUAUAGAAGGUUUAACGUGGCUAUAACCCGUGCUAUAUCAUUGCUGGUUAUAAUUGGGAAUCCGCAUAUUAUCUGCAAGGACGAUCAUUGGAGCCUAAUGUUGUGGCACUGUGUGGACAAUUCGUCUUAUCAGGGUUGUUCUCUUCCGGAAAGGUUGGAACUUAAUAAUGAGGAGGACACUGGGGAGAACUCUUGCUUAAGCUUUAAUGAAGAUAAUGCAUUACCCUCUAACAAUGUAGAAUGGGGUCAAGAUUCAUCCGAGUUAGAGUUCCCUAAACCUGCUACUGAUGAAGCUGAAUGGUCUGAUGGUGGCUGGAAAGAGUAAUUAAUCCAGCACCUCUAACUUGGACUUGAUAUAAAUAUUCAUGUCGUUACUCUCUCUUUUUUUUUCUUUUUUUUUUCUUUUUUUUUUUUGUGAUAAGUUUAUAUGGACCUGAACUCAUUGUGUCAGAGUUCUUAAUUUGGAAUGAAGGGUAAAAAGAACUAU